GAUGUAUUAGGUAUUAAUGGACGUGCAGAGUGAGCUGAGGCCGCGUCUGUGUGUGAUCAAGAAGGGGCCUCAUGGCUACGGCUUCAACCUGCACAGUGAGAAGGCCAGACCAGGCCAGUACAUCAGAGCAGUGGAUGAGGACUCACCUGCACAGAGGUCAGGCCUGCUGGCCAAGGACAUGAUAGUACAGGUGAAUGGUAUGACAGUGGAGGGGAAGCAGCACUCAGAGGUGGUGGCAGCCAUCAAGUCUGGUGGUGAGGAGACCUCUCUACUUGUUGUGGACACAGACACAGAUGCCUUCUUCAGGAGGUGCAAAGUUGCUCCCACCCCAGAACACCUCACAGGAUCUUUGCCUGAGCCUGUCGUCAACGGAGACAUGGAAAAGACGGUGAAUGGAAAUGGAAAACUGGUAAAAGAGGUGGAGCAGGACUCUAAGCUGUCAAUCAGCCCGUCUCCAAGCAACACCUCCUCCAACGCCUCACUCACAACCCCGCCCACAGAGUUGUCUGAGCCAGUGAUCAUGGGCGCCAUCCCGGGUCUGAACCUGUCCCUGCAGCAGGUUAAGGAGCGUGCUCACCAGAAACGCUCCAACAAGAGGGCCCCGCCCAUGGACUGGAGCAAGAAAAAUGAACUGUUCAGCAACCUGUAGAUAGAGCACCUCGCCCUGCACACACCCACAUACAGUAGAUACUCACAGAGAGGUCAGUGAAGGAGAGAGAGGGGUUGUUCUAAGCCCCAUGUUUUCUAUGACUCAUUAAAACCAGCAGUUUAACUAUUGGUGAGGGAGAAUACAGGUAUAUGUAUGUAAAAUAUAUACACACACAUUUGUAUUAUAUUCCAGAUGCUAUAAAUGUGCUAACAAUAUCUAGACGAAUAUGCCAAUGUUGGAAAGGAAACAGCUACAUCAGAUAAGAAUCUUUGUAUUGUGAUUUGAAAAUAAUUUUAAUUAUUCCAUUUCACGUGUCGAGGUGGUUGUGUGUGUGUUUUGUACCUGGGUGUAUAUGCCCAGAAGACCCUGGAAGUCCCUGCUGGUCAUAGCCUGGUGCCUGUCGGUAUAGUGGAGAAGGUCUCUCUUAUGGCCAUUCGUCUACAUGUUAAUCAGUCAUUGAAACACAAACAAUAUUUUUCUUGCCUUAAAUGAGAAUGGGACCAGCCACUUACAUACCCAUCCAGUCUAUCACCUUUCAGGGUCCAAAUAGCAAGCCUCUUCACACUUCCAGUCAGAUGCAAAUGUCUUUCAUGUAGCUGAGCUUUGGGUCAGUCGAGCUUCAGAAGAAAUUGGCUUCUGACUGGAAGUGUGCGGAGACUUUCUCAUGUUUCUCCAGUUUUUGCCUUCAGCACCUUCAUUAAUCAGGGACCAAAACACCUGAUGAACGACAACCACUGACAGUCAGUCAGUCAUUGGGGAACGACAUGUUGGUGCAGUGUCCAUCCAUACCAGUCUUACUUCAGUAAAUGUGAAGGCUGAAACCCUUAUAGCAUUGCCGUUACCACUGUAUAUUGCGAUACUUUUCAUUUCAGACUUUUUCUUUAUGGCCAUUGUCAAAAUGCUUUGAGGUUUUUACGUUUACGUAGAUGUACUGAAACACCAUUUCUUUCUUUAAUAAGAAUAUAAAUGUCUGCGCUUCACUAGAUUUUGUGUAUGUUCAGUAUGGAGAAUGACAGUGAGAUUCACUAUUUUGACUAUUGAAUUGUAUGGGGGUGUUAUCACAGUUAUUAACUGUUCAUGUUAUUUCUAUACUGUAUUAAAUUGUAGAUCUCA